AUGGAAGAAGUGGUGAAGCUCCAUGGGAUUUCUUAUAAUCUGUUUACUUACAGAGUAAUUUGGGGUCUAAAGCUGAAGGGCAUACCAUUUGAAUACAUAGAAGAGGAGCACAGCGACAAAAGCCCUUUCAUUUUGCAGCACAAUCCAGUUUUCAAGAGUUUUCCGGUGUUGUUUCACCGGCCGCCGCCGGCCAAACCCAUCUGUGACUCAAUGGUCAUCCUGGAGUACAUUGACCAGACUUGGCCACACAACCCUUUGCUUCCCACUCAUCCCUACCGCAGAGCCGUUGCACGUUUCUGGGCUAAAUUUGCCCAUGACAGGGGGCAGUGCAUUGGAAGGAUGUAUUACAGCACAGGGGAAGAACAAGAGAAGGCAAUAGAAGAGACCUUGGAAAUGCUGAGGAUUGUAGAAGAGGGGCCGGUGGGAGAGGAGAGAUUCAUGUGCGGCGGCGAGACGGUUGGGAUGGUGGACUUGGCGUUUGCGGUGAUUCCUCAGUGGCUGGAAGUGAUCGAAGAUGUGGUGGGGGUGAAAUUGCUGGACCCAAACUCAUUCCCCAGGCUUCACAAAUGGAUCCAAAAUUUCAAACAACAUCCUCUUAUUAAACAACACCUCCCUGAUCGUAACGCCAUGUUUCACUUCUUGAAAGCUCACAGAGAGAUGCUGUUGGCAUCACCGACGUAA